AUGACUUACCUUCAACAGUUAAUUGACAAGAACAAAGAGGAAUACAACAGAGCAACAAGACAUCCACUCACAAAUGAGUUGUGCCAAGGUACCCUUUCUGAUAGUAGAUUGUACGUUUACCUCACCCAAGAUUUAAAAUUUUUCAACUACAGUCUCAACCUACUCGGAAAAACGUUGGCCUUAUGUGAUGACCCUAACUCAUCAGUAAGAUUAGCCAAACAGAUUGGGUUCCUUGCAGAGGAUGAAAAUAUGUAUUUUGCCGAUAUAUUGAAUGAGUUGGAGAGCCAAGACCUUUCUUCUGUUUCUAAAAUGAGAAAUGAGUCGAUCAUUUUACCACAAGUUACUCAAUAUAUUGAAUACUUGAAAUACUUGAUCAACGACUCAUCCUCAUAUUCGGAAUUGAUUACUUUCUGUUUUGUUAUGGAAAAAGUGUACUUGGAAUGGGUCCAAUAUAACCAAGAGAACAACAAUAUUGCUAAGAACUUGCCUAAAAAGUUUCAAACAUGGAUUGACUUACAUAGUGGUGACCAUUUCAUUAAAUGGGUUCAGUUUUUGAAUAAUGAAGUCGAACGUUGUCUUAAAUUAGAGGCCGGUGAAGACGAAAACUCUACCAAAAUUUACGAAUCGACAUUCGUCAAAUCCUUGAAAUUAGAAAGUGAUUUUUUUGAGGCAUGUUAUUCGUAUAAGGAAUAA